GUCACUCCAAUCUGGCUCCCACUCCUGCUAACCAUUCACGUAGUUUGGUUGCGUCUUGGCGUGUUUAAUGUUGCCAAUAACGAGAGAUUUUUUUUUUUUUUUGAAGGCGAGUACAGGUCGUGCUGCAAUUAGUUCAUUGAAAACUCAGUUGCUCUCGGAGGCGCCAGGCAGUGGCUGCUUUCGGCUUUUAUUUCUGCUGACUAUUAAGAUCUCCAGUUGGGAGCUGCAACAAUGCCCAAAAGAAAGGCUGCUGGUCAAGAUGAUGUGAAGAAAGAACCAAAGAGAAGAUCAGCUAGACUUUCUGCUUUGCCUGUGCCUGAUAUGCCAGAAUUGAAACCUAAAAGAACAUCAUCUCUAAGGAAAAUGAUGACUAAAAAUGAUGAGAUGGAAGAAAAUACAAAUACAAAUACCAGAAUGGAGUCUGAAAGUGAGCAAGAAGCAUUUGCUAAGGAAGUACCCAACACAGAAAAUUCGGAGAAUGGAGAAGCCAAAAUUAUUGAGCCUACUAUUACUGAAAAGGAAACUGAAGAAAUGAAAGUGGAAAACAUUGAAGUAGAGGGAGGAAAAAAGAAAGAAGAUGAAGAUCAGAAUGAUGAAAAUGAUCAAAAUAAACAAGAUAAACCACAAGAUGGAAAGGGAAACAAAGAAGACAAGAAAGAAGACGUAAACAUGGAUAGUUAUGGAGAUGAGGGAGAAUCUGGGGAAGAGGUAGAAAAGCCGAAACAGAAGGGAGAUGAUAAUGAAGGUGGAGAUGGAAAAGAGAAAGAAGAUGGUGGAAAAGAGUCUGGAGAUGGGGGAAAUGGUAGAGAUGCAAAUGAAUAUGGAGAUGGAAAAAAAGAGGGUGGAGAUGAAGGAAAGGAGGAUGGAGAUGAAGAAAAGGAUGGAGAUGGAAAAGAGGACAGUGAUGAGGCAAAGGAUGGAGAUGAAGGUGAGGAUGGUGAUGAAGAAAAGGAUGAAGCUGAAGAAAUGGAUGAUGAAGAAAAGCAUGGAGGAGACAGCAUUGAUGGGGCAAAGGAUGAAGAUGGAGAGGAUAGUGAUAGAGGAAAGGAUGGGGAUGAAAAUGAAGGAGAUGAGGGAAAGGAUGGAGAUGAGGGAAAGGAUGGAAAUGAUGAAGGAGACACAGAAAAGAAAGAUGUGGAGGAAGACAGAAAGGAAAAUGAAGGUAAAAGUGAGAAAGAAGGUGGAAAACAGAAGGAAGCAGAAAAAGAGGAUGAGAAAGACGAAGAUAACAAAGAUGAAGAUGAAAAGGAAGAUCAAAGCAAACCUGAAAUUGGAAACGAAGCUGAAAAUGAAGACAAAUCUCAGAGUAUUGCUUAAACUGCCCUAUGUAAUUUCAUAAUUUGAUAACAAACCUUCGUGUUUUAAUGUUAAUAGAGAUAAAUAUUUUUAUCAAAUAUUUUAUAAACACUGCUUUUUCUUUAGCAUCAUUUAAUUUUGGAACAUUGUUAUACUGAUCAUUAGUCACAAAAUGCCUAACUUGACAUCUUUAUAAAGUUUCUAAUGGUUGUAGUGAAUGCAUAAGAGAUGCUUUCAUCUUUGUCAGUGGAUUCCUUUUCUAUAAGUUAUGUGCUAAAUCUUUGUCCUAAUUUUAUUCCUAUAUAGAGAAUAAUUUCAGAAAGUAGGUAGAUUCCAAAAGAAAGAGUUUCACUCAGCCUUGUGGUUCUCUAGGUGGCUUUUGUAAAGAAGGUGGACUAUUUUCAUGUAAUGCUAAGAGUUAGAAUUGCCUUUCCCAAAUACAAAUUUGUUAGUAGCUUGGGGAAAGUAUAACGUUGUAAACCCAUUUUUGAAAGAAAUACAAAUGUUUAUUUGAAAAGGGCAGUUUCAAUGAUAUGUGUAUGUGUAAAGUUACUGGACUUAUCUUAAUAAAAAGACUCUUCACA